AUGAAGCUCAACAUUGCUACUUUUCCUGUUCCUCUUAUGGCAAAUAUUGUCGCUAAUCUUUUGGAAUCCAUUGUCACUGCAAACGAUCUUCUUCCGUGCACUGACAUUACACACUUUCACUCAAGAGCAGUACCAAACAUUAACAUUCGGGCCUACCUUUUACGAAUUCUCAAAUUUACGCCAUUCACAAACGAAGUUUUUCUCUCUCUACUUGUCUAUUUUGAUCGGAUCUCAAGAAUCGAAAAGAAUUUUACCGUCAGCUCUCUUAAUAUUCAUCGGCUACUCAUCACAAGUAUUGUUGUAGCAUCUAAAUUCACGUCAGAUGUAUUUUAUCCCAAUGCCCGCUAUGCAAAGGUUGGUGGCCUUCCUCUAUGUGAAUUAAAUCAACUUGAGCUGGAGUUUUUGUUUCUGUGCAACUUUGAGCUUCUGGUGCGCCUAGAAGAUAUGCAGGAUUAUGGAAAUCAAUUACUGGCUCAUGCUAUGACUCAACCUGAACUCCAGGAAGAAAUUCACCACUACAUAAUUCCAUCUCCCACCCAAUCUCCAAUUCUCCCUCCACUGGUGACACGUCCAGACUCUGCUCUUGUAACACCAGCCAUAUCGUCAACCGUAAAGCCUUUAGUGGCCACAUAUCCCCUGACACCACCAACUGAUGCUACUACCGAGGCGCCUUGUCCCGUAGAUCGCUCGUCAUUGGUUGCACGGCAUCAGAAGCACCGGUCGGCUCGCUCUCAUCCUUAUGCCAAACCAGGCGUGUUCACUCGCUAA